AUGCGCUCUGCUCUGUUCUCCACGGUCGCGUUAUGCGUUCUGUCUUUCGCUGCAGCCGACUCUUCAAUCAAGGAGAAGCGGUCAGACGCACACUCCAAAACCCUCUACUUCAUCACCAACGACCCGCGAGGAAACAACGUCGUCGCUGCCAGCGUCGAUCAUAAUGGUGAACUUACCUAUGCGGGCGCCACUCCCGCUGGUGGCGUAGGUGUGCAUGGCUUGGGCGGCAACGGCGCGGAUGCCACGUUUUCGCAAGGAAUCGUACAGGUCCACCAACAGAAGGGACUGCUUGCUACAGUGAACACCGCAAACAGUACCGUGGCCCUCUUCACCAUCAACGCCAACGAACCCGGCAAACUCAAGAUGCUGGGCAAGCCCGUUGCCUCCGGUGGCACGACUCCCAACUCCCUGGUGUUCAAUAGCGCUGGGGAUCGCCUCUGUGUUCUGAACACGGGAUAUGAGAACGGUAUUGCCUGCUUCACCGUGGCUCGAGAUGGCCUGCAUGCAGAGUCUGAUUCUGUUCGCCACCUCGGGAUCAACCAGACCACGCCUGCCACAGGCCCUUUCGGUACAGCAUCGCAGAUCGCCUACACGAGGGAUGAGAAGAAUCUCGUCGUUGCUGUGAAAGGAGCGAUGGGAAAGCCCGGCUUCCUCGCCGUCUGGCCUCUAGACACCUACGGUCGCCCGGCGUCGCGCUUCACUCGCGUAUCAACCCCGUCCAACACCGGACACUCCUUCUCGUACCCGUUCUCAUUGACCCCGAUACGCGACGCCGACGCCUUCCUCUCGGCUGACUUCUCGGUCGGGUUUGACGUGUUCGACUUCAGCCGCGGAGUUGACAACAUCAGCAAGAGCCCUCGGACUGUUGGCGUGACCAUCGAGGGCCAGAUGGCGGCAUGCUGGAGCGCGUACAGCUCUGCUCUCGACCGGUACUAUGUCAUCGACGUGGGGACAGCCGCCAUCACCGAGGUCAAGAUCGACGAGGACCUUAGACCCUCCGUCGUAUCCAACUUCACCGCUCCCGCAAAGUCGGGCCCUGUCGAUAGCCUUGCUGUUUCUAUUGGUGGUCACAAUUAUCUCUAUACGCUUCUGGCCAGCGAUCUGCAGAUCGCCACCUGGCGAUUGGAUGGCGCCAAGUCUCCUGUUCAGAAGACUUUCUUAGACUUCAGCCAAUAUGGAAUACCUCUCUCACCUAAUCUCGCUCAAGGCUUGGCCGUCUACAGCGGCUCCGAAUGA